GAACCACCGAUAUAUUCCUCAGCCUCUCUGCUCAUACCCUCACAUCACAACCACCUUGCCUUUGAUGCCCUUGGUAUUGAUCAACCCUAUGUCAUAUCAAAAACCUACUUGGAGCCUCCUAUCACCGCCCAAACACCACCCGCCAACCAGUGGCGCCAACUGGGAGGCUUGCGCGUUCCCUGCAUGAGAAAUCUGGGUCAAGUGACGCCAUUGGCGCCCAAGUCUCAUCCUCCCGGGGAGUCACUCGACUGUGGCUGGUACAGCUGAGAAUCUGCCUCGCCUCAGGCCUCUCCUAACGUCCCACCUGACGAAUUCUGUCCUGCUCUCCUACAGCUGAUCUCCAUCAUUGUGCAUCCCUGCGUCGGGUGAUUGUGGCCCACAAAGGUUGCCUUCUGAUACAAGACCUUAUAUCAUCCGAGGCUGCUGGCUUGAGCCUUCCAUUCUUUCCCCUUCUACGCCAAACAACCUUGAUAUUGUCACCGCUUGGUAUUCAUGUCCUCCCACGACGACUACGCUCCACGCUCCUCCCGUCGUGAGCGUCCGCGCUACGAUGAUGGCGGCGGAUUGCCUUAUCCAGACCAACAAGACCCUAGGUCCGCCCCUCGUCGACCACGCCACGAUAUCUCUCCUCUCCCCCAAGCUCCUGAUCCUCGAGAUGAACUUCCUCGUCGAAAGCGAGACGUCGAUCCUAGAGACAUUCCCUUCGAUCACGGCCCAGAUGGCAUAAGAAGAUCAAACACCGCUGCUAGACGUCGAAGUCCAUAUUCGGACCAAGACCAAGACCCAAGAAAUUCCAAACGCGCCGUUGCCCCGGUCGCCUAUGGUCGCUCUCGAGGCUACCGUGAACCCGUCCCUGAACCGGAUUCAUUCUAUUCUGAUAGAGAAUCUGGCAAGGGCCGCUCCAGCAGGCGACCAAGAGAUUAUGAUGAUCACUCCCCAGAACCCAUUCGAAGGGCUAGAUCGACUCGAGACCCCGAACGCCGGCGCAGAGAUGAUCCCUACGACGCUGCCGAACCGCGAUCUCGCCGUCACCGCAGCCCCGAAGACAGAUAUGGCGAACGUGACCGGGGCUACAGGUCAGAUGGACGGGAUGCGUAUAAAAAGAGACACGACGACGACCGAUAUGAUGAUCGUCACCGUCCCCAUAGGCGCGACGAUGGCUAUGUAUCUGACAGAGGCCACCGUAGAGACAGAGACAGAGACAGAGACCGAGACCGGGAUCGAGACCGGCAUAGCGACAGGGACCGUGACCGCCGCCGCCAUGAUUCUGACAGAGAUCGGGACCGAGAUAGGCGCGAUCGAGACCGGGACCGCGACCACGACCAUGACAAGUCGAAAAAGAAAGGAUUUGGCAUGGGUGACGUCAAUAAACUCUACGAACAAGGCCAGAAGCACUACAAGAGUGUUGCGCCUUUGAUCGAGAAGGUGGCCAAGAUGUAUAUGGACAGCAAAGGCGGAGGGGGAAAGUAGAAGAAGUUCCGCAAUCAUCGCCCCUCAUGACUUAUGAUUUGGUCUUGUUUUAUGGAAACCAAGAGCCUCCUGGAGAGGUCUACGAUUUAUGCUCGGGAGUUGGGAUCACCUCCUGUCGUUGGAAUACCCACGAAACUGAAGCCCUGCGAGGCAUACGCUUCUUCUCUGCUACGAUGCCCAACGCCAUUCUUCUUUAACUUCAAUUCACAAUUCAUUUCAUUUACUUAAUUCAUUGUCGCAUCGAGAAUAUACAGUCUGGGUGGUGGCCAUUUUGUUUAGCCAUAUGUAACAGUAUGCAAUAUCGUGUUGCCACGAUGAUCAACUGACAA